CAUUCUCUUUGCCCCCAGUGCCACCGGAGGGGCCAGCUGGUUGCAGAAGGCGGGGCUUUUUUGCAGAGUGAAAGUCACCAGGACAGCAGGAGUGGGAGAUGUUGCAAUGGUGGAGUUUCCCCCUUCUGUGGAACUCUUCUUAAGAGGCUUUCCAGAGUAGUGGAAGAUGGAGCAAAGGGAAGGGAUUGAUGGCCUCCCGGGUAAGAGAAAUUCUGAAGAAAACACAGCCUCCCAGAACCUCAGCUCAGAUGUCCUGCCCACGACCAAACAUAUUGAGGAGGGAAAUUUUCCUGUAGAAGACACAAAGAAGCCAAAUCGAGGCACAGAGAAGCACCCAAAAAGAGGUGGCAUUUUCCAGCGGGUUGCCAAACGAAGGAAUUUUCCUGGACGACAUAGAAUAGCUGUGAGGAACUGGCACAUGCCAGGCGGAGCUCCCCUGGAGGAAGAUGCCGUCUCUGGUGAAAGGGGGUUCUGUGAUAACGGUGCGGAAAGGGAGGACUUGGUGGGUGGUGAGUUGCGUGACAGCAUCGUGGCCUUCAGAAUCGGGGAGGAUGACGCGAAGAGCGACGUGAGCCAGCCUGUAUGCGCCGCGGAAGGAGACUUCACGUGCAAAGAGUGUGGGAAGAGUUUUGCCUGGAGGUCGUCGCUGAACAUCCACAGGAGGAUCCACACUGGGGAGAAACCCUUCAAGUGCAAAACGUGUGGGAGAAGCUUCAGCCAGAAGCCGAACUUGCUGUGCCACCAGCGCAACCACACGGGGGAGAGGCCCUUCAAGUGCUCCCGGUGCGAGCGGAGCUUCCGGCAAAAGCAACACCUCGCCAAGCACCAGCGGAGCCACGGCCACGCCAGGCCCAAGCCCCAUGCCUGCCCCGAAUGCCAGCGGAGCUUCAGCAACAAGGCAGUCUUGCGGCUCCACCGACGGCUCCACGCCCACCACCGGCAGCUCGUCUUCAAGGAGCUCAAGAAGGCCUACAAAGAGACGGUGGCGCGCCAGCGGGAGGAGGCCCGGGCCGGCCUGAGCUGGGUGGGGAGGCCCAAGGGGCGCAGGCGGGGGGUGAAGAAGUUCAUCUGCAGCGAGUGUGGGAAGGGCUUCACCUGGUGGUCCUCCCUGAGCAUCCACCAGCGCAUCCACACUGGGGAGAAGCCAUUCCCAUGCGCCGAGUGCGGGAAAAGCUUCACCCAGAAGCCCAACCUCUUGCGCCACCUCCGCUACCACAGUGGCGAGAGGCCGCACUCCUGUGCCGAGUGUGGGAAAGGCUUCACCCAGAAGCAGCACCUGGUGAAGCACCAACGGACACACGUGGCUGAGAAGGGGUUCCAGUGCCACGCCUGCGGGCAGACCUUCCCCACCAAGGGGGCGCUCACGGUGCAUCAGAGGUCUGGCCACGUGGGGGUGGAGUUCCUGGCUGAGGAGAAGGGAACUCUUCCCUUUGGCCAGCCGGAGUGCCUGGAGGCAGUGGUGGACUCUCUGAUCGCCGGCAGGCAAGACUUUUUCCCACUUCCUGAUCUCUUGAGCCAACAGAGCGACAUCGACGGGCAGCCGGUCCUGAUUGUGGAGCCAGGGACUCGGCCACUGGCUCUGUCCCAAACAAAGAAGGGUGUCUUCUGGAAGCCAGAGGUCCCCAAGCCCCCUGCCCCAGGGCAGAAGCAGUACAUCUGCAACGAGUGCGGGAAAGGCUUUGUGUCCUGGUCCGCUCUCACCAUCCACCAGCGGAUUCACACCGGCGAGAGGCCCUACCAGUGCGGGGAGUGCGGGAAGAGCUUCAGCCAGAAGCCCAACCUGGUGAGGCACCAGCGCUACCACACGGGGGAGAAGCCUUAUCCUUGCACCGAGUGUGGCAAAUGCUUUGUCCAGAAGCACCACCUCACCAAGCAUCAGCGGGUGCACAAGAAAGGCGCCUCGCAAGGCCCGGCACCUGCUCUCAAACUGGAGGCGCUAUAGAAUCAUAGGAUAGUAGAGUUGGAAGGGGCCUAUAAGGCCAUCAAGUCCAACCCCCUGCGCAAUGCAGGAAUCCAAAUCAAAGCUGCUGGGACGGAAAUUGCCAAAACUUGCCUUUGGGGAGACUGUUUUGCAGGCUAGGAUGGAGUGUGUGUGUGUGUGUGUGCAUUCUGCCUCUUUCUUCCUUCUGGAAGCUGGACGUGGGAUUCUAUAGCGCCCACUGUGCCUCCUCCUUGCCUUCAUGGUGUGCAAGUGUGGGAUGCUCUUAUCAGGUCUGCUGCCCGGAAACUGUGGGCCUUCUGCUGCGUGGCAGCAAGCACACACCGUGGACAGACUCACUGUAGCCGUUUGAAAGCCUCCCUACCGCAAACUAGAUCAACUGCAUCCUUUGCAAAAAGACUUCUAAUACUCUAAGACAGCCUUCGCAUCCUCCAAAUGUUUUGGACUACAACUCCCAUCAGCUGUGCUGGCUGGAGUUGAUGGGAGUUGUAAUCCAAAACAUUUGGAGGGUCCCGGGCUGGGGAAGGCCGCAAGGCUGUUGUUCUUUUUACAAACAAGUAAAAUUGGCUCUUGCUUACCUUCCCCAUCGUCGCCUAGUGCCCUUGCCUACCCCAGUGAGAGCCCUCAAUAGACAAGCCUGCGUGUUUCUGAUAAAUCUUAGAAUGAGAUCUUAACUAUACUUUGUCCUGGGAUGUUGACCUGCUAUUCAUUUUUUAAAACUUGCACCCCUGGGAAAACAGACUUUCUUUCAAGGAAGAGUGGGCUCACGUAGGCUCCUUGAGUUCUACCUGCUGGUUCUGUGUGUGUGUGAAGCUGAAGUGCAUUUAGUAGGGUAGCAUCUGUCACGUGAGAGCUGGACUUUACUGGGGUGGGGCAGAGAUGGAAUUAAAACA